AUGCUAUGGAAAUUGGUCUCCGCUGCAAUCAAAGACAAUAACAGCCUAAUUAAGGCCAAAUUUUCCAGAAAAGAUUCCUGCAGGAAUUACGAUCUUGAGGCUGCCAUUAUCAAGGCCACGAGUCAUGAUAAUUAUCUCAUCAAUACAAGGAAUGCACAGAUAGUUUUUUUGUGGAUUCGGGCGUCCCCGAUAAGCCUACGCCCUUUCGUUUGGGCGUUGUCUAAAAGGAUGGAAAAGACGAGGAGUUGGGUCGUUGCCCUUAAAGGGCUGAUGCUCAUGCAUGGCGUUCUGCGUUUUAAGAUAAAAGAGCGGCGCUCUCAUAUGAUCAACACAAUCAAAAGCCCAGCAUCGACAUCCAUUGAAGUUGCAGAGUCUUUUGAACGUCCAAAAUUUGCAAUUUUUGCUUGGUUGUUGCUAAAAGUUAGGCCUCUAGCGGAUAAUAUGAAUGUUGGUUUGAUUAUCGAAGCCAUGAAUUGUGUCACCGUUGAGAUAUUCGACGUUUAUAGAAAAAUUUGCAAUGAGAUUGCAAAAGUGUUGCUGAAAAUACAUUCCAUCAAUAAACUCGAAGCCGAAUUGGUGCUCGAAAUCCUUCAGAAGGCGACGGAACAUGCCGAAGAAAUUUCCCUGUUUCUUGAUUUUCGCAGCGAAUAUUACGGAACUCCGAUAAACGCCAUGAACUUCCGACGGUCACGCAGAUUCUCGAGGAAGAUGUUCGACAAAAACUUGAGAGGAUCGCCAAUGGCAAUUCUGACAAGACUUGCAGAGACAUUGGUUUCGUGGAAAACGAUAAAUGGCAAAAGAUUUGACAAAAGAAAACUUUAUUGA